UUGACAAAUCAUGGCUAAUGAAACUUGUGGGUUGGAUAUUGAGCAACGCGGUCAUGUAAUAGUAAGAAGAGCGCUAGUUCCAAGUUAUUUUUAAGAAGUUAGUAAAGGUGGGAGGCGAAAUUUGGAUCUGUAAGAAGCUCUGAUUAGUAUCUCUGUCCCCAGCUUCACGUUAGCUCGCUGGCUAACUCUGACGGCUACCUAAAUAUGACUAGCGCAUGGGGGCUCAACCGCUGUCAGACAGUGACUGACAGUGCCGACCGGUGAGGAGGAGGAGGGGAUUAACGUUACCGCAAACCAGACAUGACAGCUGGCGGCAGAGGGAGGGUCAACAUAAUGAUGGAGGCACCGGAAAAAAGCCUCAGCUUCAACUUUUCAUCUGAGGAGCUGGACUCCUCUGCCCUCUCCUCCGCCAUGUCCAUCGACAGGCUCUUCCCGGCUCUCCUGGAGUGCUUUGGGAUAAUUUUGUGCGGGUACGUCGCAGGGAGGGCAAACAUUAUCACCUCCACCCAGGCCAAAGGAUUGGGGAGUUUUGUUUCCAAGUUUGCUCUCCCAGCACUGCUGUUCAAGAACAUGGUGCUGCUGGACUUUGGUAAUGUCAUCUGGCCAUUUCUCUGGAGCAUCCUCAUCGCCAAAGUGUGCGUGUUCUUCCUCGUCUGCAUCCUCACAUUGAUAGUAGCCAGCCCCGUCAGUCGCUACUGUAAGGCUGGGCUCUUCUCAAUUUUUGCUACCCAAAGCAAUGAUUUUGCUUUGGGAUAUCCUAUAGUUGAAGCCCUGUACCAGAGUACAUAUCCAGAGUACCUCCAGUAUAUCUACCUGGUGGCCCCUGUGUCCCUGAUGUUUCUAAAUCCCAUCGGCUUUGCCCUCUGUGAGAUCCAGAAGUGGAAGGAUCAGGGGAACCAUCAACAGAGCAAAGUAGUGAUUGUGGGAGUUGUAGUUUUACAGGUCAUAAAGAACCCCAUAGUAUUUAUGGUUGUAAUCGGCAUCAUCGCCCACUUUGUGCUGCACCAAACCGUUCCUGUCUUCAUGGCUCAGUUUGUGGAUGGCUUGGCUAACUCUUUUGGGGGAGCAGCUCUGUUCUACCUGGGCCUGUCCAUGGUGGGCCAGUUGGGGAAAUUAACCAAAUCUACAGUGGUGACACUGAUAUUACUUACUACAGCAAAACUGUUACUAAUGCCCCUGAUUUGUAAGGACAUGGUGGAUCUGUUGGACAAACGCAACACCAGCGAUUUGAACCACUCCAGCCUCUCUGAUUACGCCUUUCUUUAUGGAGUGUUUCCCACUGCACCGAGUGUGGCCAUCUAUGCCGUUUAUUAUAACGCAGAGCUAGAAGUUGUAACUGCUGGGAUGGUGAUCAGCACUUUCCUCUCAGCUCCAAUAAUGUAUGUUUCUGCCUGGUUACUCACGAUCCGUUGGACGGAUCCUCAGCGUUUAAUGAAUUCACUGCAGAACGUCAGUUUCAACAUAAGCAUCGUGAGCUUAGUUGUACUGGUGUGGACUAUUGCCGUCAUGUUUUUAAGUAAAAAAUUCAAAAGGCUGCCUCACUUGUUUACAGUUAACCUUUUCUUUGCACAGAUUCUGACUUGCAUUGGGAUGAUCUUGUGGAACUUUGUAGUGAAGGAAAGUAACUUCAUUGGUCAGGUCCUGACUUUCACCUUAUUAUGUACCUCACUCUACAGCACUUUUAUAUGGCCAGGUUUGAUAGCACUCUCACUUGUGCUCUUGAAGUCUGAGGAUCUGAAAGUUUCACCGGCCAUGUUGGUCAUUGCGGGCUGGGGGAUUCCAGCUUUAGUAACUGCAGUUUUGCUCAUUUGUGGGGAAAAAAUGUUUGGAGUCAUUGAUGCAGCUUUCUUCUAUGGCAGAGCACAGAUAAUCUGCACCACAUUCGUAGUUGCCUUCAGCAUAUUCCUGGGAGGAGGCUCUCUUGUGUGUCUCAGCAGAGGAAGCUGGGCCCAAAAUGUCCAAACUGAAGAGGUGAACUCAUUUGACUCUCCAGAAGAUCCUUUGAUUGAAAAUGAACCAGAAAACCAGACCCUGUUUGAGACUGCCCCCCCACCAAGAGAUCAAGCAUGCCUCAUAUGUGACUGUGCACCAACCCAACCCCUGCCUGACAUGAUCAUCAGUGCAGAUAUGAGCAGCACACCAACCACACAAGCAGGUCAGUGUGAGAACAGGUGCGAGUCCACAGACUGCCUCCUUGUCCAAGUGGAGGAGCUCCAACAGGUUGCAGACAGACAAGUGGCCCGUCAUGUGCUCAUGUGUCUGCUUCUGAUUGUCAGCCUGCUUGCUAAUUUGUCCAGCUGCGUGUGGCUGCUCUUUAACCACAAUCCUGGUAGACUCUACUUGGAGCUGCUGUUCUUUUGUGCUGUGGUCAACUAUGGACAGGGGCUUCUCUCCUUUGCUCUUUUUGGGCUGGACAAACAUUUGAUUUUACUGCCGUUUAAGAAGAGAUUAUACAGUCUGUGGUAUGGAAAACAAGAAGAGCAGCCACAGAGUGAUUUACCUGAGGAGAUCAGGAUGACCUGCACCCAGUUCACCAAAUACCACAAGCAGCAGUGUUUUCAUGACAUUGUUAAAAAGAGAAGGUGUGGAAAGAAGACUAUGGUGGACUGUUUUCUUGGCUGUGAACUUGUUGAGUGGCUUCUGCAGGUUGGUUUAGCUCAGGACCGUGGCGAGGCAGUACUCUACGGGACGCGAUUACAACAGGGUGGCGUGCUCCAGCACAUCAAGCAGGAAUACAGCUUCCAAGAUAGUCCGCUAUAUUAUCGCUUCAUGGCAUAACAUGCUUGCGUCAAAGAGAGCUUUUUUUUUUUUUUUGCCUAAAAGCAAGUUUCAGUGGAAACAGGAAAUUCCUGUAAAGCAAAAGACUCGAUGUACUGUUUCCUUUAAUGCAAAAAAAAAAAAUGGCAGCUGUGUGUAGUUUGUCUCAAAGGGAAGGAGAAGUGUAUAAUAACCACCUCAGUCUUUAUAUCCAAUAUUUCAAGUUUAUUUCUGAGGUCUGGAGUCACAGCUACAUUGCGAAAACUUGAACAUGAGCCAUACAUAAAUUCCUAUUUAUCCAAAUCUAUUGUUUGGAGGCGAAAUCAAAAGGAGAUACACCUUAAAAGCAGCUGAAUAAUUCCUGACUAUGUGAAAAAGCUGUGACUCGCCUACUGUUUAAUACAACACAUUUCAGGAAAAUCAGGUCAGGCUUCAGAUUGUGAUGGAUGUUUACAGAGAUGAGGUAUUCUUUAAGGUGUGUUGGUGUAUACUGUAUGUGUCACACUGGAACUUCACUGGGAUUGUGAUUCAAGGGAAGAAGCUUUCAAAAGUAGAUUUUUUUUUUUUUUUUUUUUUUUUUAGUCUUGUUUUGGAGUGCGGGACACUUUAUUUGUGUGUUUUAUGCCAUUCUGUGAGUGAUGAAGCACAAAGGGGUGUUCUCAUUUUUUUUUAAAAAAGGGCGUGUGAGGGGAAAAAAAGUCUCCUCUGCUUAAUCCAGUCAUUGAUCUACUAGGACACCUUUGUUUUUCCUCACUCUUAUCAAAAAUCACUUGCCAAAUAAAUAAAGGGAAAGGAGUCAUAUUUCACCAGUUAAUUAUUAAUUUCGCAUGAAGCAAAGGUAUCGUUGCUUUAGAAACCUGUACUUGAAAAGGUCUUGACAGUGAUGCUCACCAUUAUACAGCUUUAACAAACGGCAACCGCCCAGUUCGAUCAACAUUUUUACUUGCUUUUGUUUGUCCAUUUAAGUAACCGCAUAAAAAAA